AUGCCUGUGCCAGUGUCAACGGUUGCCCUCUUACCUACGCCACUGCCCGAGACAAUUCCAACUGGAGCCUUCCUCUUCCACACGGCGGUCUCGGCGCACCACAACGCGACCUACCACCUGCAGCAGGUUUUCGUUCCCCAGGAGGUGAAGGACGGGGACAAGGGCGGCAUGAAGCGCGAGACCGCCUUGGGGAGGGUGCUCUUCACCCAUGAUCCGGACGCGUUAAACACGGCGUUGCGCCUCCUCGUCAUGGCGCUCGACCUCCUACGCAUCGGCUUCUACAUGCCCAACUUGUCCGAUUCGGAGCGAGCAGCCUUCGGUCUCGAGUUCGCCACCGUUGCAGCCAAGGUACUCGCGACUGAGGACCCGGUCAAGAAGCUGCUCACGAAGGAGGAGCUCGCGCGGGUGCGGAUCGUCAUCGACCACAAGCGCCUCGCAUCGGACGUCGACGACGUCAUGACCAAGACGCUUGCGGCCGCCCGAAGUCCCCACCUGAAGCACUACCGCCAGCGCGUGGAGCUUGUGAGCGCCCGCCUUGCGUUCAUGAAGGACAAGGCGAACCACGCGAAGAGGAUCAUAAAGCAAGCGUUGGCUGCGACGCCAAGAGAGGACGUCGCGCAUCGUUACAACCUCAACCUCCUCCACAUGAACCACCUCCUCAAGGCAUCGAAUGUCGAGUUGCUGCAGGUUGUCAAGGAGUUCGAGGCGGACGCACGCGCACACGGGCACAUGGACGUCGUCCUCCUUGCGCAUAUCAUUCGCAUCCGUGCGCACUUCUCGCUGCGCCGAUGGGACAACCUACUCGCGAUGCUUGACGAAAGCGAGGCUCUUUUCGGCACGAACGAGGUCUUCACCUCCGGCGACCCUACAACGACGUCCUUCCGCCUAGUGUUGCUCAUGCACUACCUCAACAUGCGCGCUCUGUACCACGGUCGCGCAGCCGAUGACGCAAAUGCCAAGAAACAGCUCAGCCGACUUUAUCCUCUCAUGGAUCAUGCCAUGGAGAAAGGCAUGCUGUCGGAGCUGCGGAGCUCAGGUGGAAUGGUGACUAUUCCACUUCCUGUGCGCAACGGCUCGACACAACAGCUCUUCGUCCAGUCAACACCCAUUAACGUGCUCUGGGCGCUAACGUACCUCUCUUCAGUUGUCGCCCGCCGCGACUUGCUCGGAUCCCUUACCCAGUGCCGCACCCUCAAUCACACGCGUGCAAUGCGACAGUUUGAGCUCUGUGCGCAUCCUGACGACUUGUGGGACUCUGGAUUCUCUUUCAGACACGGUGUUGCGGAGGCGCUGGAGCUCCGGCACAAGGUCAACAAGCUCCGUGCAGAAGUGAUGAUGGAGGAGGCCCUUGCGCUUAUGUGUCGAAGUUCCUUUGAGGAUGUCACGACACUUCUGUCCAAGACGGUCAAGAUACUGCACGACAACAAACUUUUCCUGACACACUCUCACCAGCUCGCGUUACUCUACGGCCAUCUCAUGCACGCCAUCGGCCUCCCCGACCAGGCUGUACGCUACUACAAAGCGGCGCAGAGCCUGCUUGUCGCAGGGUCCGAGAUGCGCUUAAUCGUCGACAUUAACCUCAUGGCUGCUCAAGGUGGCUUCUCGAAUCUCCUGACGGAUCUGGAUCGCUCGGCGCACGUGAACAUCAUGGCCGACCAAUGCAGGGCAGGCACGAACGGCGCACUGAAUGCCAUCGGGUACUUCCUCCUCAGCUUGACCGAUCCAGAGCGUGUGUCGUCCAAGCGCAAACUCACCUUCUCCUAUGAGGUCUGCCGGAAGGGCAAGCUGAACAUACUCUAUGCGCUCAUCUUCGCCUUCACAACUGCUCAACACUUGUUCGGGGACCGCGAUCGCCAGCUCAAGCAACUCGAGUCGGGCAGAGACAUCGCGAGACUGCUUGGUGGCAAGGAUAGAGCAGACGGUUGCGGACAAUUGCCCCUGGGACUGUGGUACAGCACCAAGCUUCGAGAUCACUACCGCCUCGACGGCCGGUUCGAUGACGAGAAGGCAGCGGCAGCUGACGCCGAGUGUCACCUGCAUCGUAUGCAGGAGGUGUAUGCGUACGGUUGUGCACACUUUCCUCCGCGCAUCCCUAUUUGA